AUGUCAUUGUCAAACGGGUCCCUCUCUGGGUCCCUGUCAGGGUCCAGUUCUGGGGGAUUAAUGCGGCCUGCGGGGAGCAUCUCAGAGACAGGGGGGUUGAUUGGUGGGCAGCAAUCUGCAGGAUCCCUAAUAGGCUCCUCAACACAGUCUACCUCCAAGCCGAAAUCCAUGAAGGAAGAGGAGGAUGAAAUACUCAGGGAAAUUUGUAGUGUGAAUGGACUAAAUUACAACAAAAUAGAGAAUGGAGAGGUUUUUACGUGUACAGUGCUGGAAAUGUUUUUUUCUGGAAUGCCGAGAAUAGUGGCAAUGAGACACUUUCCCAAUGUGACCUGCCUGACCCUUGUCGACCAGCAAAUACAGAAGAUUGAGGGUUUGUCAUGUCUAACCAACCUCAAAGAACUGUGGAUCAGCGAGACAGGGGUCAAGAAAAUAGAAAAUAUUGGUGCUUUGAAGAAACUUCAGAAGUUGUACUUAUUUUCCAAUAAGAUUAAUAAGAUAGAGAAUUUGGAUCACCUAGUGGAGUUAGAGGUGUUAUGGCUCAACAGCAACAAUAUAGUCCAUAUAGAGAAUCUCUCAUGUUUAUGCAAGCUGAAGCAGUUGAAUCUUGCACAGAAUUCUAUUUCUAAAAUAGGUCAUACAUUAGAUGCCAAUCAGAGUUUAGAAGACCUCAAUCUGUCCGGCAACAGCAUAUCUUCACUACGGGACUUGACCCACCUGAUGAGACUGUCAAAGCUUCGUAGCCUGAGUAUGAAGGACCCAAUCUACUCCCCUGCGCCUGUCAGCUUGUUGUGUAACUAUUCCACACAUGUACUAUAUCACAUGCCUCACCUGGCCACAUUGGACACCUACGACGUCAGCAAGUCUAUUGUGGACAUGGCCGAGACAACAGUAAUGAAGAAGAAAAUGUAUUACAACAUGAGAGUGAAAACUGUGAAGAGAAAUAUGGUUGAUAUUUUAUCAAAGAUGGAUAUAUAUAAACAACGUUUACUUGAGUUUCCGCGAGAACGAAUUCGUGCGUUGGCUAGUUCGAUAAAAGAGGUGCGAACAGAACUUGAAGAAAUGCAUGAUUACAACAAUUUGGUGCCCAUCCGCAAAGUCUCUGACUCAUCUAAUGAUGAGGAGGAGCUAGAUGAUGAGGAUGCUGAACUUGUUUUGGCUGUUGAAAUAGAGAACCAGGCAAGAUUACAACACUUAGAUGAGAAUGGAGCUUUUGCUGCAAAACUAACAGCUAUAAAGGAAAGGAUGAAAAAAUGGGAGAAGAAAUGUGCAGAGAUAGAAAUUUUUAUGAAGGAGGCAGUAAAACGGUUACAAAUUAGCUGUGAUACACUAGUCAACAGAAUGGUCCUGGAGCUGGAGUCUGGGGGAAAUGUACGGUUUGAGGAGGGGACGACGUCAGAAGUAUGGUUUUCUUCCUGCCAUGACCUUGUUUUGUCCCGUUUUUGUGCGACGGACUUCAAAGAUCACGGCAUAUCUGGUGUUAAAAUCCACCGGAUCAUCAGAGUCCAUAACCGAAUGCUACGAACCCAGUUUGAUGAGAAGCUAGUGUCCAUUGUGGAUGACGCAGAAGGGGAGUUUUAUCCUUGUAAUAGAAACACAUCCUAUAAGAAGCAAUUGGAAUACUUGUUUUGGAUGUGGGAUCCAUUACUACUAGGAGGAGUACAAGAACCAAUGAGGGUGCUAGAGGAAGGUUAUAUGGACUCCAACACCUAUAAGGACCUGGGACGUGAUGGAGCAGUGCCUCUCAGUAACAGCCUAAGUCUGGCUGACCGACACCGCAUCAAACAUCUCACAAAGGCCUCCAGUAAUGUAGAUGCCUGUCCAUUUAGAUAUGGUCAGCUGAUAAUCUCAAAGGUGUACUUGGGUAAAAGUGUCAAGGCCAUGGAUGAUCGACAAAUAACAAGGUCGUCAUAUCCAAAAAUUGAUGCUGUAUUUAAACCUAGGAAAAUGUGCCAAGGCAUUGAAUCACAUGGUGAUGGGUCUAACUCUUGUGAAUGCAGCUCUAGACAAUGUGAAUGGUACAUAUUUGACAAUGAGUUAGUGCUGCCUGAAUACAUUGUGGAAUUUGAGUAUAUAACAAAGUUCCGACCCAGAUCGCCAUUUUCUUACUUUAAUGACCUGCUGCUAGACAAUCGCGAAUGUAAGUUGCCAGCUGUGCCACAUGGGGAGGAGGAGAAGCAGACAGAUGAAGAUGUUCUCAAUUUGGAACCUGUCGCAAAACAAAGACCAAGAAUGGUUGGUUUAACAGAAGAACUACUGUUGAAGACUGCUAAUACAGAUUCUUUAGACAACAUUACAGUCCUAAACUUACAUGGUAAUGGUCUAACAAAGCUGCGAUCCUUGCAAGCUCUCAAGUCCCUUCGUAGACUAGUGGUCAGUUUCAAUGACCUUACCAAGCUUGAUGACUUGGCUUAUACGGGUCUGGAAUAUUUGGAUGCAAGUUUCAACAAAAUUUCAACAUUAGAGGGAAUGAAGAAUAUGUACAAAUUGAAGUUUCUGGAUCUGAGCUGGAAUAAGUUGUUACAUACAAGGGAUGAGUUGUCGAUUCUCAGAAAGCAUAUCUGUAAUCUUGUGACACUUGACCUUCGAAACAACAACUGGCAAAAGCCUGAAAAUCUAAGGUUAAGAGUGAUUGGUCGCCUGAAGUCUUUGACCUUGCUAGAUGGAUCAGCUGUGACAGAAAAUGAGGCAACAUCAGCUCUGAGGGUUGCAGCAGGAUCAAGGAUUUCUCAAUUGUCUCUCCUGACUCAUGGCCGAACAGACGAAUCAAAGCCACGCUCUUUAAAUUUACAGGCUGUAGCUCAAAUACUAGAGAAAAUGAGUCGAUUAAAACCUGAAAAGUUUGGAGAAUCAGAUAGUGUGUGGUACAGCAAGGUAACGACACUGAACAUGGAUAAUCAACACAUCACAAAACUGUCUGGCCUAGAGCGGAUGGAUAACCUCAGAUUUGCCUCCUUCAACAACAACGAUAUCACCAAGAUAGAGGGCCUAGACCAGUGUACAAGUUUGGAGGAGCUGUCCCUGGAGAACAACUGUAUAGCCCGACUGGAAGGAAUCUCUAAACUGGUAAAUCUGCGAAGACUGAGUUUGGGCAACAACUAUAUCACCUCAGUGGAGAACGCUGGCCUACAGUUCCUGUUACUGCUGGUGUACUUAUCUAUGGAGAACAACAAACUGAUUUCACUGGCUGGGAUGCAGAAGAUGUCGAGUCUAGUCGAGCUCUAUGUCGGCAAUAAUCUCAUCUACAGUGUGAGAGAGGUGUUCUACCUAAAGGUGCUAUCCAGUUUGGUUAUUCUGGACUUGUUUGGUAACCCCGUGGCCACAGAGAUAGACAAUUACCGCCUGUUUGUCAUUUACCAUCUAAAGAACCUGAAAGCAUUGGAUGGCGUAGCUAUUAAAGUGAAGCCCUCAGCUCUUAAGUUGAUGGACAGGCCAUAUUUCAGUGCUAUGAAAUUUGUGCGUGACAAAACUUUGUUGGAGGCUACAGAAGGAAGCAUGGCCAAAGACACGUUUGGAGGUCGCCUCACUCCAGACUUUGUUGCAGAGAAACUUAGCCAUUCCAACUUCCAGGAUGUACGAGAGCUUGACCUUCCCAACUGUUCCAUCAGAAUUGUUGACCUUGGGGCAGGGGACACAUUCAUCAAUCUGCGCAGUGUAAACCUAGAACACAACAAUUUGACCUCGUUCAGUGGCCUAAUUCAUCUACCAAACAUACGAGUGCUUUGUCUCAACCACAAUCAUAUUGAGUGUAUCAUGCCAAAAUCAAAACCUGUCGCAAAACAGAAGACCACAGUGACCAUGGCCAAUGUCAGGAAUCUGGACUUCCUUAACGAUGGAACUCUGACACCUAUUAUGGAGAAUCUGGAGGUGCUACAUUUAGGUUACAACAGCAUCAAGGACUUGGCCACUUUGCAGCUGAGCAGACUAACUUCACUAAAGGCCCUCUUCCUCCAAGGAAAUGAUAUCACUAAGGUAGAGGGUAUAGAAGGACUACAUGAUUUACGGGAGCUAGUGCUAGAUAGGAACAGGAUCAAGAGCAUCUCCGAGAUGUCAUUUGCCAAUCAGUGGAACCUACAGGAGCUCCACCUGGAGGAGAACCGGAUACGGGACCUGUCAAAUCUCAGCUGUAUGGAGCACCUUCAGAGGAUGUACCUUGGUUCUAACCGUAUACAGGAAGUGUCAGAACUACAGAAGCUGGAAGGCCUAAAUAAUUUGAUUGAAAUAUCUCUUGUCAACAAUGCUGCUGCACGCCGACACCUGCAUCGUCCUUUACUUGUAUACAAGCUGAAGCAGUUACUAGUGAUUGAUGGUUUACCAGUCAGUGAGGAGGAGCGAACGAAGGCAGAACUUUAUUUCAUGGACCAGCAGCCUGUGAUGACUACCCAGGGACCAGUAUCAGAUGGCACACUCCCUGGCAUCAGUCAGUACAAGGCUCAGGUACCGGUCAAGGUGACCACAAUGAACUUGGGGACCUCUCCUAUGUGGAAUGGUGGAGUGUUGUAUGACAAUGAGCCUUCAGAAUCCUUACAAAGAGUGGUCAGUACUGGUGGUGGUCGUCGACGGACAACGAAAGGGUCAGAAAAUGGUAAUGGUGUGGGUCUCAAUCGGGGCAACACAGUGGUCAACAUGCAACAGGGUCAAGGUUACGGUGGUUUCUCCUAUACCACAAACGCUGGCAACCGGCCGCAGUUCUAUCUCAAUCAAAUACCCUAUGUCAACCCACCCACACAAUCUGAGUAUGUUGAGUGGUUUUCAAGGAUCAACCAUGCAAAGAACAACAAGAGAUAGCACAAUCUGAUAA